AUGCCUCCCAACCUAAAUCGUUUGAUAACUACGGAAAACAGAGCGGGACUUAAAAUCAAUGUUAUCAAAACAAAAAUUAUGCGCAUUAAUGCUAACGUCCAAGAUCCUUUUAUUAUAAACAACUGCUGUCUUGAGGAUGUAGAGUCUUUCUGCUAUCUUGGAAGCAUCAUAUCAGCAAAUGGUGAAUCCAGUGCUGACAUUGAGAACCGUAUCAGGAAGAACAGCGAAGUAUCCGUUUCCACAAAUACACUCCAUAGUUUGGAAAAUACAAAAUCAACAAUGACUAUUAUGGAUAAUGAGUUUAUGGAUAUACGCGACGAAUUUCCUGAUUUGGAUAAUGAAAUUCGCAGCAUAUUGAUCGCACGUGCUUCUCAUGGUGCAACGAUUGCGCAAAUUAGAGACGAUUAUUUGAAGAUAACCGGUAUACGGUUUCCUGUUUUUGAUAACGUAACUGAGUUCCUGCUAACGAUACCGAGGAUCAGUGUCUAUGUUAAUGAAGUUGGAACGCGAAUUUUUAGUGCGUUGCCUUCCAACCAAACAAAACAUAUGCACUCACUUGUCUCUAACCAAAAAAAUCUAAAUAUAUAUCAGCAUUCUAUAUCUUCCGAGUUGAGGAAUCGUUCUAGUCUCAAAGUAUGGCGUAAGCUGAAUUCUGACGUAUCUAAUUCAAACUCAUCGAACGACGAGCUUAGGAAAGAAGAUGAAGAGGAGUACAAUUACAUUUCAUCGGGUGAGGAGCGAAUCAGUGAUCUCGUCCCUGAAUCAGUUAGACAGUCUGAAAUUCCGAAAGCAAACUCUGAUAUUAUAUGGAUAAACAAAAACUCUGUUAAAACAACAACUUCAGAUGUUCACGAAGUACAUACACAGAAUGAUACGUUUCAAGAUAAUUUGACCCAUCUCUUUAAUCGAUUCAACAUUAAUAAUUUGAACUCGAAAGGAAUUGAAAAACACCAAAAGGAUUCCAAAACUCUUGAUGAAGCUAAUCUGCAUCAAAUGAAUCAACGGCGCCAAAAACAUUCUGAGUACCAAAAUUGGUGUCGACGUUUGCCAUCCAACUCGUUUAGUAGUAAAAAAACUGCAUCUGAUAAAGAAGAUUUGGAAAAUAUUGCUCGUCUUUUGGACUUCCCACUUUUGGGCGAUGACUUCUUGUUCUAUUUACCAAUGGAUAUAGUACCGCAGCGCUUAACAAAAGUCAAUGGAAAGAAUUGA